AUGAGGGGAAGUGGCUCCCUAGCGGCGUUGGCACUCGGCGUGGGGAAGGAGAUGCCCUUACUAUCGGUGUGCUCUACCCCUCCUCUUUUCCCUAAUUCCUCUUCUACCCUAAGCCAUAUCCACAUCAAUCUCCAAUAUGGCAAAAUCAUGAUGGACGAAGAGUUCAAACAAGUGACAAUCAUUGACUACGAAUAUGCAAGUUUUAACCCUGUCGCAUAUGAUCUUGCCAAUCAUUUCUGUGAGAUGGCUGCUGAUUACCAUACACAAACACCUCACAUUUUGGAUUUCAACGAGUACCCAGGUGAAAAGUUGAUCGAGGCUGAAGUCGAGAUAAUGCUGCAGCUUAUCGAGAAAUAUGCUCUCGCCAGUCAUCUUCUUUGGGGCCUCUGGGGUAUUAUAUUACCUUUUACCAUCUCUUUAUUCAAUACCAUUGAUUCCUUUCACCUAUAG